CAGACGGGAACGUCAGGGAAAAGUGGAACAAGGCGGAGAAAGUGUGUAGUUAGUGCGGUUACCUUGCGAGAAGUGUUGUAACUGAUGACGGUGUAGUGUCGACAGGGAGGUCGAGGCGAAAAGAUAAGACGAAAAGUUUAUGGAAUUAUACCCUCUUCACAAUUGCUUACUUUGACAAAACAAGGAUUAUUACGGCCAGAAGACAAGCUGUACGGUGGGCCAUGCAGAGCCAGCCUGUGUGCCUGCAACGGUGAGCUCCAGCACCAGCCAACGUUUUCACCGUGAUGGCAGCAGAGCGGGAUGGGCGGGGGUGUGAGCUGCCCAUCGCCCCGGGCCAGGUGUACAUCGAGGUGGAGUAUGACUACAAUUACAAGUCCAAGGAGCGCCAGGUCUCCAUCCACCAGGGAGAGUGUUACAUGCUGGUGAAAAAGACCAACGGGGACUGGUGGCAGGUCAAGAAGGAGGAGGGGGCCAAGGCGUUCUAUGUCCCAGCGCAGUACGUCAGGGAGGUCCGCAAGGCCCUCAUGCCGCCUCCCAAGCCCCUGAACCUGGGGCAUCACCGUGGGGGGAGCGGGGGGAACCCGGUGCGGGUCAAGCCCAUCGUCCUGGACAUGGGCAGAUCUAACGAGAGCCUGAAUGUGCCCAGUUUCAGUCGGCCCUCUCCCUCCUCACCCUCUCCCUCUUCCUCGUCGGGGGCAGCCCUCACCCCUCCAAGGCAGCACAGGGAUGCCAACCAGAACCCUGGUAGAGACCCUGGCAGCCCCACCGACCACGACAGGGCCUUGGUAGAUGUCCUCCAAAACACCAACCCUCACGUUCCUGGACGGGGAUGUAACACGCUGCCCCGUGCCCGUGCAACCUCCCCCGAGCUCCGCAGGGCGCCCCUGGACGUGGACAUGCCUCCGGGGCCCUGUGACUCGGAGGGGUCGGAGAGACGCAACGACUCAGAGUCUGGAGAUGAGCUGAGCAGCGGUUCAAGUGAACACUUGCAGACUGUCUCUCUGCCGGGUCAGGGUGGUCGUCCUGAGUCUCCUGUCUACACUAACCUGCAGGAGCUGAAGAUCUCUGGGACCAGCCUGCCCCCCGACCCCUCCAGCUCCCCACAGCAUGUCCUGGGGGACUGGGAGACACACAAGGACCAGAGCGGCAGACACUACUACUACAACCGUUCCACCCAGGAGAGGACGUGGAAACCUCCGCGAGUCAGAGACGCCAGUAGUGGCAGCAGCAGCCGGGGGGAAUCCCACAGCAACAGCACUGGGGAGACGGAG